AUGACAGAGAUGUUGGACCGAGGAGGAAUGAAGAUGAGAAAAUGGCUGUCAAAUGAUCCUGAGGUACUAGAGGACGUCCCACAAAGUGAUAAAGCCACAUUCUUGGAUAUAAAUGGAAAGGAAACUUUGCCAUGUCAGAAAGCCUUGGGUAUACUGUGGUUAGCCGAAGAAGAUGUCAUCACUAUGAAGCCACGAUUGAGGGAAGGAGAGUAUCCAGCCACGAGGAGGGGUAUGCUGAGAUGCAUAGCAGCCUUGUUUGAUCCAGUGGGAUUGGUUGAUCCGUUCAGAAUUAUAGUCUGGAUCCUCUUUCAAAGGACAUGGAUCCGAAAGGAAGAUUGGGACAGCCCCCUGGAAGAAGACUUAGCCCUGGAGUGGUCGUUGUGGAAGAAAGAGUUGCCACAUUUGGAUAACAUCCGAGUGAGCAGACAUCUUGGUAUGAACACAAGUUAUCAAACUAAACUUCAUGUGUUCAGCGAUGCCUCAAAGGAUGCCUUUUCUGCUGUCGUGUAUGCCAGGACCCUGAUGACGGACGGGAGGAUACUGGUGAGACUGGUGAUUGCCAAGACGAGACUGUCGCCACUGAAAGCCAUCUCCAUUGCCAGAGUGGAGCUAUGUGGGGCAGUCAUUGGUACAAGAUUGGUGAAGAAGGUUAUCAAACCAUUGGAGAGCGGUCGAGGAGCCAAGCAACUGAUGGUGACAUAUUGGACAGUUUCCAUGAACGUCCUGUUUUGGAUUUGUCGACCAGGAAAACAGUUUAAGCCCUAUGUAGCCAACCGAGUAGGAGAGAUACAGGAAAGGACCAGUACUGACCAAUGGAGACAUAUACCAACCAAACUAAACCCAGCAGACAUAUCAUCUAGAGGUAUGGCAGUGGAGGAAUUGGCUAGAUCACAACUCUGGUGGGAGAGUCCAAGUUUCCUGAAGGAGUCCGAGAGCAACUGGCCAGAGAAAAAGAUAGCUGUACCAGAUGAAACCACCGAUAUUGAGAAAACCUCAACAUUUGCAGUACAGGAAGCCCAACCAGAACAAAAUGAGACAAUGAUGUUCCCCCUACAUCCCAGUAGAUGGAGUGACAUGGGAAGACUAACAAGGAGAAUAGGAUUCGUGCGACGUAUCAUGAUGUGGCUGCUAAAGCGACCCUUACCCCCGGGAACCAAGACCUGGAUAGAUGAGUUGUCCCCCGAAGAGUACAGGCAGGCUGAGGAUUGCCUUUCACGCCAAGCCCAGAAAGAUGUAUUUGGCAGAGAGCUCAAAGAUUUGAUGGCAGGAAAAAGCUUACAGAAGACAAGCCACCUGAUACCCCUGUCACCAUACCUUGAUAAGGAGAGGAGACUUCUUCGCAUCAAGUCCCGUCUUGAAAGAAUAGACUACAUCUCAGAAGAAGAGAAAUACCCCAUCAUCAUGCCAAGAAAGCAUCCAGUUUCUCAGUUGCUUGUCAAGAGAGCACAUGAUGCUGUGGGACACCCCGCGGGUCCAUUUCUAACCAAGCAGGGUCGAGGAAAAAUCAGAAACAAAAGAUACUUGGCUGUUUUCACUUGUCUACAGACUAGAGCUGUUCAUCUAGAACCUGUUUACCAGAUGGAUACUGACAGUUUCCUAAUGGCUUUCGCCAGAAUGACCAGCCGGCGAUCCGUCCCAGAGGAGGUGUUGACAGAUAACGGAAGUAACUUUGUCGCUGGAGAGAGGGAGCUCAGAGAGUUAGUGAAUGCCAUCGAUUGGACCAAGGUGCAACAGAAGACGCUGGGUUACCAAAAUACCAGAGGCGUUACAUGGCACUUAAACCCCCCAGGAUCUCCACACUUCGGGGGCGUCUUUGAGAUUAUGGUAAAAGCAGCAAAGCGGGCCCUCAAGAUAUCCAUUGAUAAUGCUGACAUCAACGACGAGGAGUUCCAUACAUUUGUGGUGGAUGCCGAGGGACUCCUGAACUCAAGGCCAUUGACUCCUCCCAGCUCUGAUCCCGAGGACCAGUUACCACUAACGCCAAACCACUUCCUGCAUGGUCAGCUGGGUGGACAACUGGCUCCUUCGUCGACUGAUGAACUACGAUUCAACCCUAGAAGAAGAUGGCGAAGAAUACAGGACAUACUGAAACAGUUUUGGCAGCGAUGGCAGCGAGAAUUGUUACCCCAGCUGCACAACCGUAAGAAGUGGCUGUUUCCAAGGCACAAUCUCAAACCUGAUGAUAUCCUACUGGUGAUUGAGGAAAGAUUACCUAGAGGACAAUGGAAGAUGGGUCGAGUCCUGGAAGUCUACCCCGGUGAAGAUGGAUUGGUGCGAACGGCCAAGGUGAAGACGUCAAAUGGGAAAUAUGUCCGGCCCGUGAAUCGUCUCUGCCCAGUCGAGUUUCCGGAGAUGACAACUUCCGUCUGGUAA